UGGAGUCACUAGUGACGUCACACUGGAGGCUGGACCAUCAUGGCUGCCGUUAUGAGGCUUGUCAACAGAAGCACUUUAUGUUCAGCUAUGGGUCAGCAGUAUGUGGCGUUUAGCUCAGCGGCAAAGGCUGGCGUAAGAGCAGGGCACGCUCUUCCGGAAAAGGUUAAAAUAGUGGAGGUGGGACCCAGAGAUGGUCUCCAGAAUGAAAAGACCAUUGUACCAACAGAGACUAAAAUUCAUUUGAUUGACAUGCUGUCGGCGUCAGGGCUGGGAGUUAUUGAGGCCACCAGCUUUGUGUCCCCAAAAUGGGUUCCACAGAUGGCAGACCAGGUGGAGGUGAUGAAGGGGAUCUGUAGGAAACCUGGAGUGUCUUACCCGGUCCUCACCCCCAACCUCAAGGGUUUCCAGGCUGCUGUGAAGGCAGGAGCUUCAGAGGUAGCCAUAUUUGGUGCUGCAUCGGAGCUGUUCAGUAAGAAGAACAUAAACUGCUCAGUGGACGAGAGUUUACAGCGCUUUGAUGAGGUUAUGAAAGCAGCUAAAGAAGCUGGUGUGCCAGUUAGAGGUUAUGUGUCAUGUGUUGUUGGAUGUCCGUAUGAAGGCAAAGUGGCACCUGAAAAAGUUGCACAUGUAGCCAAGCGUAUGUACGCCAUGGGCUGCUAUGAGAUCUCUCUGGGUGACACCAUCGGAGUGGGGACUCCAGGGAGCAUGAGUGACAUGCUGGAGGCGGUGAGCAGAGAAGUGCCAGUUAAUGCCUUGGCAGUGCACUGCCACGAUACCUAUGGCCAGGCCCUGGCCAACAUCCUCGUAGCCUUGCAGAUGGGAAUCAGUGUGGUAGACUCAUCAGUAGCUGGACUGGGUGGCUGUCCGUAUGCCCAGGGGGCUUCUGGGAAUGUUGCCACUGAAGAUGUAGUCUAUAUGCUCCAUGGACUAGGGAUUCAAACGGGAGUGGACCUCUCAAAGCUGAUGGAUGCUGGAGCUUUCAUCUGUCGGACCCUCAACAGAAAGACCAGCUCCAAAGUGGCGCAGGCCACUUGUAAACUGUAGACCAAAGCCCAAUCACGGGCUCUUUCACAGACUGUACACUGCAACACAACUUUAUAACCUGAAGCUUUCAUCCUCUGUAUGUUCAGUUCACCCAUUCUAAUUUUAGUGUGAUUCAUACUCUACCAGUAUGAUAGAUGGUGCAGACCCCUACCUCUGAUUACUAUAUAUCCAUUACAUGAUAGCAUAGCUGGAACAGUGCCUUAUGUAAAGUCAGUCUAAUCAUACAGAUGCUACUCAUCGAAAGCCAUGCCUUCACCUUUUUCUUUAAAAGUGUGCUUAUUCUGGGCAGUGGGUAAGCCAAAGUGAAAUUGUUUAUAAUAAUAAAUGAACCAGUGAAAAUGUCCUAGGGACAGAUUAACUCACUGUUGAUGUAAGAAAAGACAGAAAUGUUGUUUUGACUUCUAUCAUCCUUUGUAUGCAGUGAUCACUGUCUUCAGGUGAAGUCUCUAUAUUGGGAGCGUCUAUGGAAACUAUCAGUCAUUAUGAACUUGGGCAUUUUACUGGCUUGUGAAAAAAUGUUGAUGUGCUGUGUAUUUAUUUUAAAAUAUUUCUCUUUUAAUUUAGCAUGUACAUAUUCCAACUAGAUUUUGAAUUUUAAAAAUAAAAACUCUUUCAUAAA